AUGGCAGUGGCUGUCCCACUAGCAGACGGGCUAGAGGGGACUCCGGGCGGCAUCCGGCGUGGGAGCUGGGGGAUCACCAUGGCAAAGAAGCGGAAAGGCUGCGUGGCGAUCAACUCGGACAUGGAGAACAGCGGCAGCGGCGAGAACCUGGAUCAGGAACUCUUGCCCCUGGCAAAGCGGAAGCGCAGUGACUCUGAGGAGAAGGAGCCACCUGUGAGUCAGCCUGCAGCCUCCUCAGACUCUGAGACGUCGGACAGUGAUGAUGAGUGGACGUUCGGGAGCAAUAAAAAUAAGAAGAAAGGAAAGGCCAGAAAAAUAGAGAAGAAAGGAACCAUGAAGAAACAGGUCAAUAAAACUGCUUCAUCAGGCAGUUCGGACAAAGACAGUUCAGCUGAGAGCUCAGCCCCUGAGGAAGGUGAAGUGUCCGACUCUGACAGCAACAGCUCCUCCUCCAGUUCAGACUCUGACGCCUCUUCUGAAGAUGAAGAGUUCCAUGAUGGCUAUGGGGAAGACCUCAUGGGGGAUGAGGAGGACAGGGCUCGUCUGGAGCAGAUGACAGAGAAGGAAAGAGAGCAAGAACUCUUCAACCGCAUUGAGAAGAGGGAGAUGUUGAAAAGAAGAUUCGAAAUUAAGAAAAAACUAAAAACAACCAAAAAGAAAGAAAAAAAGAAAAAGCAAGAAGAGCAAGAAAAGAAAAAGCUGACACAGACUCAAGAAUCUCAGGUAACAUCCCACAACAAGGAACGGCGUUCCAAACGGGAUGAGAAACUAGAUAAAAAAUCUCAAGCCAUGGAGGAGCUAAAAGCAGAGAGAGAGAACAGAACAGCUGAGCUCCUCGCCAAAAAACAGCCAUUAAAAACCAGUGAGGCACACUCUGACGAUGAGCAGGAGGAAGAAGAUGACAAAUCCAGUGAAAAGACAGGCCGCUCAUCCCGAACACCAUCCUCUGAUGAAGAAGAAGAGAAAGAAGAGAUCCCUCCGAAAUCACAACCAGUGUCCUUACCCGAAGAACUGAAUCGGGUUCGAUUAUCACGGCAUAAGCUAGAACGUUGGUGUCAUAUGCCCUUCUUUGCUAGAACUGUCACAGGAUGUUUUGUACGGAUUGGCAUUGGAAACCACAACAGCAAACCAGUUUACCGGGUUGCUGAGAUCACGGGUGUUGUGGAAACCGCCAAGGUUUACCAGCUUGGUGGCACCAGAACAAACAAAGGGCUACAGCUACGGCAUGGCGAUGCCCGACGGGUAUUCCGCCUAGAGUUUGUCUCAAACCAAGCAUUCACUGAAAGCGAAUUCAUGAAGUGGAAAGAAGCGAUGUUUUCUGCUGGCAUGCAGUUGCCCACUCUAGAUGAAAUCAAUAAGAAGGAAUUAUCUAUUAAAGAAGCUCUUAAUUAUAAAUUCAAUGAUCAAGACAUUGAGGAGAUUGUAAAAGAGAAAGAAAGGUUCAGGAAAGCUCCGCUUAACUAUGCCAAGAAGAAGACUCAGCUGCUAAAGGAAAAGGCCAUGGCGGAGGACCUGGGGGAUCAGGACAAGGCCAAACAAAUCCAAGACCAGCUGAAUGAGCUGGAGGCGCGGGCAGAGGCCCUGCACCGCCAGUGGACCAAGAACAUAUCUGCUAUUACUUACAUCAACCAGCGGAACCGGAAAUGGAAUAUUGUGAAGUCUGAGAAGGCCCUUGUGGCUGGAAGUCACAACAUGAAAAACCAACAGAUGGAUCCCUUUACCAGACGGAAAUGCACACCUAUCAUCGUUUCUAAUUCCAGAAGCCCAGCUGUUCAAGCUGCCAUCUUGGCCCAGCUGAAUGCAAAGUAUGGUUCUGGAGUGUUACCAGAUGCCCCAAAGGAAAUGAGCAAGGGUCAGGGAAAGGAUAAAGAUUUGAAUUCUAAGUCAGCCAGUGACCUCUCAGAAGACUUGUUCAAAGUACAUGAUUUCGAUGUGAAGAUUGAUUUACAAGUUCCCAGCUCAGCGUCAAAGGCUUUGGCCAUCGCCUCCAAGGCUCCACCAGCCAAGGAUGGGGCUCCAAGGAGAUCUCUGAACUUGGAAGACUACAAAAGAUGA